ACUAGACUCAGCCAGCCUUUUCUCUCCCACUUGUUCAUUCCAUUUCAAAAUUCGAAAUUUGCGCAAACCCUAACCCCCAAAUUGAAUUCGUCCCUUGCUUCCUCUCUUGCCCACCAAAAAUUGAUCUUCUAUGUCGUCAACUCAACCUGAAUCCCUAAACGAAGACGCUCAAGAAGCUGCAGAAGAAGAGGAGCUGCAGGCGCUCGAACAACAAGUGGAGAACAUGGCUAAGACAAUACUCCAAUAUCGAACCACUCUUCCCGAUCACCUCACAUCCACUCUCUCAUCUCUUCUCGCUUCCCAAAGACCCCUUCUACCUCCGCAUUUGCUGCAGGAGGAGGAGGAAGACCUCUCCAAUAAUGCACCCUUGCCCGCACCACAAUCGGAAGCUCGACCCACCCAAGACCCCUCGGAUCCAAACGAUGCAGAAGAAGCUGAGAAGAUACGUAUCCUCAAGCAGAAGAUUUCAAGAAAUGCAUCUGCAAUUCCUGUUGUCUUGAAUAGGAUGAAAGAAUGUAUGUCCAGGAUUGAUAAGUUAGAGCCAUCCAAUGGAGUUAUCCAUCCCGCUUUUAAACGAAACGGUGGGACUUGAUUUUUGUUUUUAUUCGAUUUUGGGGUUUUUGGCUUCGGUCUUUUAAUAUGGCGACAUUUGUUGUUGUACUGGCCUGCCUUACCGGCAAAUUGGUGGCGGGGGUCAUUGAUGUUUGUAACUAACUAUUAGCUAGAGUAUCGACGAUCUUUUGGGUUUCCUAUUUGAUGUAUAUUAAUUUACAGAGGAUUUGAUAUUUGAUGAACAUAAGUGAAGUGAAAGUAGCUACUACUAUUA